AUGUCCAGAAUCAAGAACCAAUUCAUCUACACUCACGAAAACAUGGAACCAUUGCCAGACACAGACCAUCAAAUCGGACCUAAUGGAGAGGUCAUCCCGCUCGUUGACGAUGCCGAGGAAAUACCGGACGCAUGGGAGCUGCAUACUGAACAGAUUCCAGUUUCGUACUUCUACAAACUCCGCGAAUCAAACGACACCAAGCACCAUGUACCGAUCAUCACAGCACAAGUACACUUCGCGCCGGGAAUUUUCGAGUAUACCAAAAUGGAGAAGGUUGUAAAGCCGACAAUGGAAGAAGAGAAGAAGCCAAAGAACGGAACAUGGGGAGUUUUGCCAAAGAAUAAAUUCAAGAAAGUCAAGAAGGAAGGCGUGUGCUUGAUCAGAGGCACAAACUUCGCAAAGCUGGGCUCAAAGAAUCAGUCAGAAUCAAAGAAAGUGGAGUUGAAUAUAGAAGGCAGGUUGGCAGAAGAUGGAACCCUUGUGACAGUACAUCCCGGGUCACGCACUGUAUUGAUGAACAAGAUGAGGGAAUUCCAGCAGCAAAACCCAAACUGGGACAUCAAAACCCUCGGUGGAAACUGGAAAGACUGGGAGAAGGUACCAAAUGAUCCAAAUCUGGAGGAGUGGCAAAAUCAAGGCAUUGCCUUUUAUAUGCCCAAGGUGGACAUGACACAGGUGCCAGCCUCUGAGCAGUAUAUCCGCAUCAGGAAUAACGAUCUUGAAGCCAUGCGCUCGACUGGUGGCGUGGAUAAGACCGGCAAUUACGAGCAGAUCUACAUCUCCAAGGCGCUGGUGCAGAAAUGGAUGGAGGCCACGUCCAACCCGCGCAAGUUCUGGGUGCGCAACGCCACGGGGCGCCCGAUUUACUUCACCAUCGACAGGAAACGUGGUGAGAGCGCCGCAAACUGGUGUUUCCGAUAUGGAAGAGCCAUCAGGAGCUUGGGCAGCGGUUUUGGCCGGUGUUUGAAUGUGGAUAUUCCAGUGUACAUUCUGCCGAUCUCCAAGGACUACGACAAGCUUAUGAAGGAGGCUGUGGAAUAUGCGAAUGACAAGAUCAAGUCUUCAACCAGCGGCACGAAAUACAAGAAAAAUGGAGUGGCAAACAUCUUGGGCGAGACACCUAAGGGGGAAGAGUAUCACCAGAUCGGAAUCUCUCCCUUUGGCCACUAUACAACAUGGAUCGAGAAAAAGCACAAGGAAGAGUGGGAUGAGGUUAGACCCUCCAGACCCGACAACUUCAAAGAAAGCGGGCAGAUUGAAGCCUUGCAGACUGCUAUCCAGGAAAAAAAAAAGACAAAGGAGGAUCUGAGAACGAAAGACCGGACGAAGACUCUCGUUGAGAUUAAGCUCUCCGCUCAGAAGAUAAUAAAUGCUCAGGGCCAGCGAACAUCUACAGGGGCCAAGCAACAGAAGGAACUUAUGGGUAUCAGCGCGCCAAAUCUGGUCCAAGGCUGUAUGGGAUGGCCUAAGGGGAAUGACAAGGUGAAUGAAUGCUGGCCAAACUCAUGCACAUGGAUAGCCGAGUGGCUUCAUCGGUGCGCCUAUUCUUGGGGAGGGCUGAACAACAAUCCGGGCAGCUCCCAAGAUGUUGAUAAUCUUAUUAUAGGCACAUAUGAGUGCAAUUCGAUCAUGACGCGAUAUGAAACUUCCUGGCAGGAACUUGUUUUGAGGCUGGGGCAAACCGACCCAAAGAGCAUACAGGCUUACCUGACGAACGAAAUCUUCUGGGGCGAGAACGACGAUGAUAAAGUCAAAUGGCCGGAGGAGUGGAAAGGAACUCGCUGGCUGUGCCGUCGACUGGAUUAUACACUGCAAGUGGCUUGUUGGCGUCCCGAUAUAGCCCCUCGUCUCGACGUGCAAUUCUUCCCACUUCAGAGGUCCUUCUUCAGCCGCGUGGAAUCAAAGAUUGACCAGUACAUCCUGAAAUGGGUGUUGAAUGGAUUGGACAGUACGAACGAGGGGCGACUCAUUCCAGGGCCUACCCUGAAACACAAUCAGGCAAAGGGUGCGGUUCAGCCUGGGGAUACAACAUUGCCCAACCUGUCAAGGAAGCGUUGGCAGGAAGAACUGUCCGAGAUGGCUGGAUCUGAUGAAGAGUAUGAAAAAAUUCGGAAGGGCAUUAAGACAGAUCCCAGCCAGGUCAAAAGUUCGGGUGAGUCGGGGAUGAAUUUGGAGGUGCAGGAACUUGACUUGAAGAAUACCUUCGGCAUGGAAAGCGCAGAAGUCUUCCUCAAGACCGCUCCAGGGAAUACUUUUCUUGCUGAUGGCCCCGUGUUUGAAGCAAAGGACGCUACGGUCCCUGAUGGCCAGGUAUUUCGUCUAUUGAAUGAUGCUGAUGGCAUGGAAUCUCUGGCUGCUGGUCAGAUCUUCGAAGAGACAUCAAUCCAGACAGCCGAACCAGAGGAGUCUGCCCCUGGUGCCGGGAACGAAUCUAUACAGAAGCCAGCAAUCUCCACGGCUGAUGGGCAGAAGCUCGAGUUUUCCGAGACGAUGAACCUGUUCGGCCUGAUCUCAGCAGACGUUUAUGCCCUUCAUUCUGAUUCCAUGACCUAUCUGAUCCUCAAGGUCCCUCACCUCAACAGCUUCCUCAACCUGAUCCCCUCUUUAGCCGGCUCGUCCUUUGACGCCAUUCAACUCGAGGACACCACUUUAACCUACUGUGCAGUGGACGAUGGAACCGCCGACAUGGCCACCGAGUUGGCCAUCACGACCACCGUGCUCAUGUCGGGCCCGCUCACGCCCGUAAACACCUUCCUACAGGACGUUCUCGGCCAGAAUCGGCCGCGUAUUGUGUUCUCAGGAAUGCUGAGUGGCCGCCAGGACUGCCUGCUGCGGGUGCCAGAGCCCCUGGGGUUCAGGCUGCAGGCUGAACUGCCCGAGGUCUCUGUCACACUGUUUGAUGUGCUGACCAUCACGCAUUUAGGAGUCGAUCUGAUGGGUACCCGCCGCAGCCGAAAGGGAGAUUAUGACUUUGGCUAUGGCUUCUUUGGAGCUGGGAGGGUCUUGUCUGAUGUGGAUGUCUCAUGGUACAUUCACAAGUUCCAAGACUUGUACGGCAUCAACAUUCUGGUGGAGUCGGUAUGGGAAGAUGUUCUCCCAGGACUGGAUUUGGAAUCCGUGGAGCUGAACGCCAGCUGGAAGGGAACGGAUGUCUCGUCAGUGACCCUGGAUCUGACGGGUUGCUUUGCACUGAGCGAAGGAACGGUCGCCCUUUGUGGGAAAUACAGCAAAGACAAUGUGGAAUUGCAAGGGACACUGGAGAACUGCAGCCUGGAGACCCUCCAGAAUCUUUACGAGAAGCUGUUCCACACCACCGUCCAGACAAAGACCUCGCACGAUGUUCACUUCUCCCAGAUAUCACUUCUCAUCUCGACCAAAGACGGAUUCACUCUCACGGGGGCUGUCACUGUCGACGGCCAUAUGUCCUCUGCUGCUCUGAUCCAUCUGGGGCCCAAGGGGAUCAAGAUCACAGGCGCUAUUGAGAACCUGGACAUUCCCAAUCUACCCACGGUGGAAGCUGCGGGUCUAGACCUUUCCAUCACCAAGGAAGCCUUUAAGGUGCAGCUCACAGGGAUGAUCACCGUUGAGAACAAGCAUCGCUUCGACGUCAGCGUCUUCCUUGUCAAAUCCGCCCGUGGACUGGAAUAUACAGUCUAUGGUGGUUACCAGGGUGGCUUCUUUCUCCGGAAUGUCUCCCAGAAGCUGCAGGGCACGUUUCUAGACGUGGAGCUGAACAGAUUGGCCGUCUGCGCCAGUAACAUGGACAAACCAGAGGCUGAUAUUCCAGAUCUCCCCUAUGACAUCAAGAAGGGCUUCCAAAUCUAUGGUCAGGCAAAGUUGAAUACAGACAUUAUACAGAUAAAAGAACCGGCCACUCUCUGUGCAGCAUACAGCAGCACUGAAUGGCUUGUAGCCGGCUCGUAUCCCGGCCGGAUUUCCCUCCUUGAGAUAGUCUCCGGGCUGUCGACAGCACUGAAGGAUUGCGGCCUGGAGAGCGUCAGCAACGCGAUGGACAUUUCCAUCUGGAACAUGACUCUAUCUCUUGCCAAGAGCAAGAAAACCAGCUCGGCGUCUGUGUUCUUCACGGCUGACACAGACUGGCUCAUCUUCAAGCACAUCCGCCUGGCUGCAUCCACUGAUAACUUCAGCCUCGGGCUCGUCUGCCAGGACGACAUCCUGUCGCUCACUCCGCUAAAAGACACACUAUCCCCUUACCUCAAGCUCGAGAAGACUCAGGCCGUCAUCUUCCUGGGGCCCAUUGACGCCUCUGCGUUCCCUCCCAUGGAGUCGAUAACCAGCCCGCAGUGGACCAGACGCCGCAAUGGGUUCGCCGUCAGCUCCACGAUCCGGCUCGAUACCUCCGCUUUGCGCGUGAUAAAAGGCAUCCUGAAGGUAGAGGAGAUCAAUGUUGCCGGGAUGAUCUCCGACACCGGCUUCAUGGUGGCCGUGGGUCUGAAGUCGAUCAACCUCUUCCACGACAGCGUCAUCAUGAAUGGUUCUUUUGUCGUGGAGUCCAACGCAGGGUCUGGGAUGUUCAUCGGCUUCCAGGCCGACUUUGUGCUUUCCUUCCCCUCGGUGAGCGCGACUCCGGUCCAAGCCUCAGCGGCGAUGGGACUCAAUCUGGAUAAUCACGGCUUGCAGCUGCGUUUGGCGGUGCCGACUGCCUUCCCGAAUCUGUUUGGCAUUGAGGGAUUGGAAAUUUCAGAUCUUGCGGUCGAGGCAACGUUUGACCCUGCUCAGGAGGGGCUGCCUAGCCAGUUCGGAUUCAGCGGUUCUCUCCGUCUGGCUACAAUCAAUGAUCUUCAAAGCAGUAUCAAUGUCCGUUUCUCCGAAGGCAACCCUGCCAACUCAUAUCUCCAGGGCUCCAUCGAGCGGUUCAGCGUACCCCAGUUGAUUGAGGUGUUCGCAAGAGGCAUCACCAUGCCGCCUGCCGUCAGCAAUAUCAUCUCCCACGGCGGACUCGAUCUGCGCCGUCUCGCCAUUGAGAUUGUGCCUCGUGAUAUGCUUGCCGUCAACAACACCCCGCUCAAACAGCGCAUUUACUUUGAAGGAGACAUGAGUUUGAUGAUGUCGGAAAAUGCAGUGUGGUCGGCCUAUGCGUUCAUCGACAUCUCCACCUCCAGAUUCCACAUCUUGGCCUUGAUGUCGCCCAUCACUGUCUGUAAAGGUAGCCCGAGCAUGUUCCACAUUGGUCGCAACGAUAUUGGAUACACGAGCAACGCCAAUAACCCGGCGAUUCCAACGCCAAAACAAACCGGUAUUGAUCCUGACAUUUUGAACAAAGGGCCGAUCAUGUUGAUCUCGACGGAUGCAAAGAGUGAUCCUCCAGUGUUCAUCUCGGGGAAUCUGCAGGCAUUCGGAGUGCAGAUGGCCAUCUAUACAUUGGUCAACAAAGAGGGCUUUACAGUCCGUAUGAAUCAACAUGUUGCUGAUGGAACAGGCAACACGUUCGACCUCACGGCAGAUUGUCGCUUCGCCUCACACAUCAACCUCAACCUUGACAUGAAUGUGAAAAGCUUCCCCGGAACCAUCGACAUCAGCGUCGGCGGGAACACCCAGGCAUGUUCUUUAGCUGAUGGGCACAUCAAUCUCAAGUUGGAUGCUCCUUGGACAACAAAUCAGUCAUCCUUUAACUGCAGAGUACAGGCCUAUGCCUAUGCCUUGAACCUCAGAUUGGACCUUCCACCAUUGGAGGUGAUGAUUUCGGCCGCAGAUUUGAGCAGUUUGGAGCAGAUUGCCAGAGUCGUCAAGGAUCAAUUCCAGGCUUGCACACUCGAGCUCAUGCGCCAAGCCCUGGGUAACAAAACUAUUCAGGAGGUCAUCGGGUUCAUCGAGGACCACUUUGGCCAGGCGAUGCGGGACAGGGCCACCUUCAUCAGGGCUGUCAGCGAGCUCAAAGGGGGUUUGAGGAUGAGAGAUAUAGUACUCCCUAUGCUGGAAGGCCGUCACUGCACUGUUCAAGAGGCAGUCGACACGGUCAUGGGGAUGGGAUUUUCAGAUAGCGACGUGUCUGCUCUCCUCAAGGAUACCCCCUUCGAGCAUGUGUGGAGGUUUCUCAGGCAAUAG